CAAAGGCAAAACAGGGCGAUGAUGUCGGCCGUAUCGCGAUGCAAGGGAUUUUAUCUACUGUUGAGCCUUGCUAUACUAUGUAAUUUAUCACACGGGGCUUUGCCCAAGCUACCAGGCACUGCCCUCGUUCAACGCUUCAUCAAGGGCAGACAAGCAGACCCCCGAGACCAUGGCGCUGAUAUUGCUUCUUCAGAAGAGGACUUUCACCAAGCCACUGCUCCGGUAUUGGCAGAGGAUAUCGCUGAGGCCAUAAAGCCACCACGUCGCCGAAAACGCGACGUGGUGCGUUCCCGGUUCGGUAAGAUUCGCGCUGCAGUCUUCCCCAUCGAAAACAAGGAAUGCCAAAAAUUCUUUAUGAUGAGCGGUAUGAUGUUUUUCAUCAUCUACGUCUACACGGUGGUCCGCGAUACCAAGGAUACCUUGAUCGUCUCCACUUGUGGGGCCGAAGCCAUCACCUUCCUCAAGGUCUACGGCGUACUGCCGGCCUCCGCCCUCUUCAUGAUCCUUUACGCCAAGGCCUCCAACGUCUUGGGGAAGAAGGCCCUCUUCUAUGCCACUUCGGUCCCUUUUUUCCUCUUUUAUGCUGCCUUCUGCACCCUCAUUUACCCCAAUCGUGCCCAUCUCAUGCCUCACAUCGACGCACAAGCGGGAGGCCUCGGCUUCCUCGUCUCUCUGGUCAAAAACUGGGACUAUUCCCUCUUCUACAUUGUCUCGGAGCUCUUUGGGAGCGUGGGCGUGUCGGUCCUGUUUUGGCAGCUGGCGAACGAGAUCAUCAAGGUGCACGAGGCCAAGCGCUUUUAUCCGCUAUUUGGGCAGCUCGCCAACAUCGCCCCGAUUGCCGCCGGUCAAACAGUAGUGCUCUCGGCCCAUAUGACGGACCCUGCUAGCAAGGAUCCUUUCUUGAAAAGCAUCCAGCUUAUCACCGUCUUUAUCAUGAUAAGUGGAGCGGCAAUCAUGUCUUUGUACCGAGGAAUCACAGGUCUGGUGGAGCGGGAGGACGCGGCGGCCUUGGCCGUUGGGGGAGAAACCUCGGCAAGCACCACCGCGGUGGCGAGCAAGAGGAAGAAGAAGCCCAAGAUGAGCUUGGCAGAGAGCUUCAAGUUCCUGCUCACGAACAAAUACCUUGGAUGCAUGGCUAUUCUGGUAGUGUCGUACGGUCUGGCGAUCAACUUUACGGAGGUUAUGUGGAAGAGUCAAGUGAAGCUCCUAUACAAGGACAAGCGCAAGUACCAGCAAUUCAUGGGUAACUACUCGACCAUGAUGGGGGCUACCACCUUCAUCGUCAUUUUUUUCGGGUCACAGAUCGUGAAACGCUUUGGCAUGAAGGUGGGGGCCCUGACCACGCCCGCCAUGCUGGGUCUCCUGGCGGCGCCCUUCUUUGGGUACAUCGUCUUCGGGGGAAUAUCCAGUACAGGGGCUUCUUCACCCAAGGCCUUGCAGACGGCUGUGUGGGUGGGUCUAGUGCAAAACAUUCUCUCCAAAUCGAUCAAAUACGCCCUGUUUGACCCGACGAAGGAAAUGGCGUACAUUCCUCUCGGUCAAGAGGAGAAAACCAAGGGCAAGGCGGCCAUUGACGUAUUGGCAGCCCGCAUCGGAAAGAGCGGAGGGGCUCUCUUGCAGCAGGCCAUUGUGCUCUUCUUUGGUAAUAUCAUCGAUGGGGCUCCAGUGGUGGUGGGUCUCUUCUAUAUUGUCAUCUUUGCCUGGCUGUUUGCGGCAAACAGCCUCGGAAAUCAGUUCGAGGAAGUAUCGAAGAACAAGUGAGCUUUCAAGUUCGCUUGGGUACGUUGGAGGUGUGGGAAUUCGCGUGGGAAAGAGAGACAAUGGGAGCUGAUGUAUCAGAAAUUUUAUCGUGGAGGCAAUAAACACAAAAACCUUUUUGAAAGGAAAGAUGUAUGCACGAAACGCAGCAUCUCAAAUUCGUAGGCAAGCGGAAAAGCCUUCGCCACGCGCCGAUAUACAGAGCUAGGCCUAAAAAAUAGUCUGAGUCAUACAUUGGACUGGCACUAGGAGGUAGUAUCGUAAAAAGAAAAUAAUGAAUGAUUUUUGCGCAA